CUCAAACUCAAACUCAAGCUUCUGCAACACAAAAUAUCCAAUAUUUAAGACAAGUUAAUAUAUCAGGAAAUGUAAAGACUUCAGUAACGAUGUCUUUAUCUGUAGAAAUAUCUAUAGACAUGUCCAACAUGUCCAUGUUGCUAAUGUUGGAGUUAAAGAACUUAUUCAAUAAGUUAUAUACAAAUAUACUUAGGAGAGUCGUUCGACAAGAAAUGAUCGAAAAAGACUAUGUCGGUCAAGAUGUUUUGAUCGAAAAAUUUGACUGCAACAGCAUUGUAUUUUCGGGAUAA